ACAAUCUCCAUCUCCAAAUGUAAACCCACAACAAUGCCCCUCCUCUCCUCCCCACGCACCGUCUUCACCCUCGCCCUCCUCCUCCGCCUCGUCCUCCUCCUCUACGGCACCCUCCAAGACGCCUUCUCCCCGCUCAAAUACACCGACAUCGACUACUACGUCUUCACCGACGCCGCCCGCUUCCUCGCCCACGGCCACUCGCCCUACACACGCGACACAUACCGCUAUACCCCCCUACUCGCAUGGCUCCUGUACCCAACAUCCUGGCCCGGGGCGUUCUGGUUUGCGUCGGGCAAGGUGCUGUUCGCGCUGUGUGAUGUGCUUGCUGGGUGGUUGAUAUAUGCGAUUCUCCGCGGUGGGGGUGGUGGUAGUAGGGAGGGAAGUGGGAAUGGUAUGGACGAAACACGUGCCAUUCGCUUCGCCUCGCUGUGGCUGCUGAAUCCCAUGGUCGCGCAGAUCAGCACGCGCGGCAGCUCGGAAGGCCUGUUGUGCGUGAACGUCGUGGCGCUGCUGUGGGCGGUGCUGGCGCGGCGCACACGUGUGGCGGGCGUAUUGCUGGGUCUCGCGGUGCAUUUGAAGAUUUAUCCGUUCAUCUAUGGCGCAAGUAUACUGUGGUACCUGGACGAGCGGACGACGAGUGGGGACAACAGCGCUGGAAAGGAGAAGAAGAAGAAGGGGCAGAAGACGGGGCCGAUGACAGGAGUACUAACAUUCUGCAACCGCGCGAGGAUCGAAUUCGCGAUAUACGCAGCCGCAACAUUCCUACUUCUCAGCGGCGCCAUGGCAGCCCUGUACGGCCGCGAAUUCGUCCAGCACACCUACCUAUACCACCUCACGCGCAUCGACCACAGACACAACUUCUCGCCCUACAACACCCUCCUCCACAUCACCUCAUCCGCCUCCGCCUCCGCAUCGCCAACCACCCACUCCAAGCCCCCCAUCCGCCUCGAAAGCCUCGCCUUCAUCCCCCAACUCCUCCUCAGCACACUCCUGAUCCCCCUCAUCCUCGCAAAGCGCGACCUCGCGUCCACCAUGCUCGCGCAGACAUUCGCGUUCGUGACGUUCAACAAGGUGUGCACGAGCCAGUACUUUCUCUGGUACCUCGUCUUCCUGCCCUUUUACCUGCCCCGGUCGACGCUGCUGGCUCGGCCGCGGCUGGGCCUGAGUGUGGCUGCGUGCUGGGUGGCGGCGCAGGUCUGGUGGCUGCAGCAGGGCUAUCAGUUGGAGUUUCUGGGCCGGAGCACGUUUGCGACGGGGCUGUGGUGGAGUGGGAUCGCGUUUUAUUUUGUCAAUGUUUGGGUCCUGGGCAUUGUUGUGGCGGAUAUUGGGAGGGGUGGGGCCGUGUUGACAUGGAAGCAAAAAGAGUGAAGCGAUGAUACGUUGUGUUGGGGCAUAGAUGGCAUUUGACAUGGGGUCAAGGUGUGUAUACAUUAUUGUAUUUGAUAGAGCUAUCUAUAUAAGCCUUAUAUACGCUCAUAUAUAUAUUGAUAGAUAUAGACCACGCAUCCUAUCUACCACAUCCUUGAUGAUAGGGAAGAAUCUCAUCUCAAUUCCACAUGGCUCUCAAACGAUGGCUGCUUAAAGUCCGGCUGCGUCGAGAACGAAGACACCUCACUCAUAUUACUAAUACGACC